AUGGGAUUCGCUUUGACCAACUCGUGGUGGGCGAUAGCAUCAUCUCUGGGUACAGGCCUUCCCCAAGGGGGCACUUCCGGUAUUGUUUACGGGAUCAUUCUCGUAUUCUUUUUUUCGAGCUGCGUCGGAAUCACGCUUUCAGAAUUGGCGUCAGCGUGGCCUCAUCCUGGAGGCCAAUACUACUGGACCGCCCAACUUAUGAGCCCUCGUUAUCGCCGGUUUGGUGCUUAUUGCACAGGUUAUAUUAGUUGGUUCGGUGCUCUCUUCACCACCAGCUCAGUGGCCCUUGCAGAGGGCUCCAGUAUUGUCGGCUUACUCAAAUACACACAUCCUUCCAUUGAUAUCAAGCCAUGGAUGGUUUUUGUUGCUUCUCAAGUUUUAAAUGUCGUGGUUGCCUUGUUCAAUAUUUAUGGCAAGACACUUCCACCCAUCGGAAAAAUCUGUCUAUGGGUCACCUUGAUUAGUUUCUUGACGACCCUCUUCACGGUGCUGGCAUGCUCCUCUGGCAAUUACAACACUCCACAAUUUGUUUUCGGAACAUUGACAAACGAGUCCGGAUGGAGUCUAGAUGGGAUUGCGUUCCUUGUUGGAUUGAUCAAUCCUAGCUGGGCGUUUCCCUGCUUGGAUGCGGCCACUCAUCUUGCUGAAGAGGUGGUGAAUCCGGAGCGGGCGAUUCCUAUUGCGAUUAUGGGAACGGUCCUCAUAGGAUUCGUAACUGCUUUCUCGUACGCGAUUGCAAUCUUCUUCUGUGCCGUCAAUCUGGACAGCGUCGUCUCGACGGUCACUGGAGUCCCUAUUCUUGAAGUCUUUUCUCAAACAGUCAUCCAUAGAACCGGGGUCAUCUUUCUGGAGAUCCUGGUCAUUCUGUCCGGGAUUGGAACGCUCAUUUCCUCCCAGACCUGGCAGUCGCGAAUUGCUUGGUCGUUCUCACGUGAUGGUGGGAUCCUGGGCAGUCGAUACUGGUCUCGGUUCCAUCCGCAUCUUCACACCCCUAUUUACAGCCAUCUGCUAUGUACCGCGAUCUGUGCGAUUCUGCUUUUCACAGCCUCCAUGGCCCAGGAAACCAAAUCUGAAUAUCGGGCGGCAAAACCCCUCCCGUACGAACUUCGCCAGCAUUGUGCUAUCUAUUUUGAGGAGAAGCUAUACUCCCAAGCCCUAACUUUGCUAUUGAACAUAUUAUCCUACGGAACCUCUACGCACGCUCCGGCAUAUGUCCCGGCACCCCAACACCUGGCGCUUGCAGCAACACUCCUCGUGCACCCCUCCACCACCACGAACGCGAAAUCAAAAGAGGAGAAAGACUCAGCUAGUGCGGCGCUACAGCUACUCCGUCUCACUCUACAGUUGGUGGGGCCGAUCUCCUCAAAACUCAAUGUCGCAUUCACAUUUACGCAUUUCGACUCAUCCAGACACGGCGGUCAAUGGAAGGGUGAUGAGCAGAUAACACCAGUCUCUGGAUCCGACGAUGAUGAGACGCCGCUGAACUUGGACCUUGCAAAGUCAAAGUCUUUAUGGUCGCGAGCAGAAGAUUUCUGGCAUGUGGUUGGCUGGGCAUUUAUUUGCUCGGUUUUGCACCCGCGACGAUGGGAACGAUGGCAGAUAUGGCUUGAAUAUAUGUGCUUGGCUAUGGAGGKGGACUGGAUACAGCGCGAGAAAAUGGCAGCGGGAACAGACAAGCCGGAAAAAAUCUUGAAAGACAGUUUAAUAUGGAAAUUCAUCGACACAGAUGCCACGGGUUACGGUCGAGAACGUCGGAUAUUACGUGCCAUCUUUGCGGAUGGCAGCGCCGCCGCAUUGACUGAGUUCCGUGAGGUGUUCAAGAAUGAGUUGAAGAAGCAACAACAGGGAGAAGAAGAGAAAAAUGCAUCUAAUUCGAGGAAAAGGGCUGAAGUGAAUAUAGACGAAGACGAGUAUGGCGAUUAUCUUUUCCAGGAUGAUGACGAGUCAGACAUACCGGAAAAAUCCACGCGCACUCGACCUAAACGUGCUCGCCGAGGCACGAGGGCCGCCGACUUAACUCUUGUCGAAGAAGCAGCAGCAAAAGAAGAAGAACAAAAAGCAAAGAAAUCAGCAGACGAAGUGCAUGCCAAAGGAGACAUUGCUGCAUACGGCGAUUUCCACUCUCUCGAGCUCCGGCAACGUCUACUAAGCCUCUUAAGCAAAGUUUCCAUAGCCAUGCCCAAAACAUUCAUGCCCACCGACGCACUCUUCCACUUAUUCGUGGAAAAUAUUCGACACCUCCCACUUCCCAUCUUCCAGGCCUUCGUCUCACCACCAAACCUUCCCUGGAUGACAGCAGACGCCCAGAGCACUCUAUGCGAGACGCUGAUUCUGCGCAUGCGAGAAAGCGCAGCACCCAACCCAACAGAUCCCUAUCUGAGUCAACAAGAAUUGCAAGAAUGCUACCUGCCCUACUCGGCAAAUACAACCAGCGCAGUCGAUAAUACCAAGUACUCGAUUCUUUUGGAGGCGUUGAUUAUCCUUCUGGCCAGAAACGACGCGCUCCACAAUACACCUCUAUUAAGAGAAGCGGCCAUGACGGGCAUCGAGCGGCGAAUGGCGAAAGCAGAAGGGGAAGUCCGUCGGAAUAAAACCAGUCGAAAGAUGGAGGGCGAUGAAUGGUCGUGGCUGGUUGAGAGUGCGGAUCGGUUGCUCUAUUUGGUGGAGGAGAUUUUGCCUCAGGUUGACGUGGCUGAUGAGAAUUGA